UAACUUCCUCUUUUUAAACACAGGUUCACUGUAUAAAGUGUUUCCUGUAAUCUGCAGAUUUACUCAUCAUGAUGAAGCUGAUCCUGUCUCUCACUCUCAUCUGGACUCUCUCCAGCACAGCUGAAGCUCUUCAGUGUUGGGAGGGUUCAGUAGAUGAAACACAGGAGUUACUUCCAUGUGACUCUAGUCAGCUGUGUGUAACUGUUGCCACACAAGGGAACGAGAGUGGGAAUUUGAUUCAGUCCAUCAGCAGGCGGUGUUUUCCAUCCUCUCUUUUCAGUGAAGGAGAGCACAUAUUUUCAUUCAAUGUUGGUUUUGAAACUAUGACUGCAUCUGUUCAUGUUUGUAACACAGAUGGCUGCAACAGGGAAGACAUACCUUACCCUGGUGUUCAGGAGAAAAACAACCUGCAGUGUUUCACCUGUGAAGAUCUAUAUUCUGCUGAGUGUAAGAAGAAGACAGUACAGUGUGUGGGAGAUGAGGACCGCUGCAUUAAUGGGACUGAUUACGAAGAUGGUGAAGAUUAUAGUCAUACAUUGCUUGGAUGUGCCUCUUCAAAUCUCUGUGAAGAUUCUUCUUACUUGGAAAACAUCUUCGGAUUUGAAUCCGUUGGUAGACCAAAAUGUUGUGAAGGCAGCUUCUGUAACUCAGCCUGGUCUGUCAAACUGAAUGUAAUCACUUUGCUGUUUGGACUCACUACCCUUAUCAUCUAUUAG